ACAAGUAUAUUAGCGAGAGAUAGCCGAAAGAGCACCAAGUAAGUAAAACGGGCGGACAAACGAGUCUGUUGAUUGUCGUGCCGAACCGAUUGUUGAGCGGAUACAUUAUACUCCAAGUAUACUCAUAGCGACAGCAAUGCGCGUGGUUGAUAGGCUAGUGCGGCUGUUUUUUUUUUUACUCGUACAACAACAGGCGCACAGUUACGAUUCAGCGGCUUACAAGGACCCGCAUUAUGCCGACGGCAGGACCACCAUGGUACACCUGUUUGAGUGGAAAUUUAAGGAUAUAGCCGAGGAAUGCGAGCGAUUUCUCGGGCCCAUGGGCUUCGCAGCCGUACAGGUAUCCCCGAUCUCCGAGUGCCUCCUGAUAGAGGAGCCACCGCGGCCGUGGUACGAGCGGUACCAGCCGAUCAGUUACAAGAUCGCCUCGCGCUCCGGCUCCGAGGAUGAGUUCCGGGACAUGGUGGGACGCUGCAAUCGCGUGGGCGUCAGGACGUUCGUCGACGUGGUGAUGAACCACAUGACCGGUGACGCCGACCCGGCCGUAGGCGUGGCGGGCUCGACGGCGGAUCCUCGGACCCGACUCUACCCGGCCGUGCCGUACGGCUUGAGCGACUUCAACGAGCUCUGUGCCAUCAACAGCUAUCAGGAUCCGAACGAGGUGAGAAAUUGCGAGCUCAGCGGCCUACACGAUCUCAAUCAGGCUGUGCCGAACGUACGGGACAAAAUCGUCGAGUUUGUCAAUCGUGCCAUAGACCACGGAAUCGCUGGUAUCAGAGUCGACGGGGCGAAGCACAUGUGGCCGACCGACCUCGAGCAAAUUUACAAAAGGCUGAACAAUUUGUCAAGAGAAUUUUUUCCCCCGAAUUUGCGUCCGUUUAUUUACCAGGAGGUCAUCGAUUUGGGCUUCGGCGAGGGUAGCAAGCGAGGGGAUUACACUCACCUCGGUACGGUCAUAGAAUUCGUCUACGGGAGCGAGCUUGGGAGGAAAUUCCGGGGAUACGAAAGCCUCGAUACUUUGGAAACUUGGGGCUUUCGGGAAAACGGUCUGCUCGACAGCGAGGACGCCGUCGUCAUGGUCGACAAUCACGACAAUCAGCGGGGACACGGUGCCGGUGGUAGGGCCAUACUAAAUUACAAAGUGCCGAGGCUCUACAAGAUGGCCGUGGCCUUCAUGCUGGCCCACCCUUACGGAUGGACGAGGCUCAUGAGUUCGUUUAAUUUUACGGAUCCGUCGCAAGGGCCACCCACCGAUGAAAAAGGUGACAUUAUCUCGCCCGAUCCCUUCGCACGGGGCCCCAACGUGGCGAAUCCUUGCAACCACGGCUGGGUGUGCGAGCACCGCUGGCCCGAGAUCCAGGGCAUGCUACGAUUUCGCAAUGACGUCGGACCAGCUGUUUUUGCCAACUGGUGGUCCAACGGCAACAACCAGAUCGCAUUUUCACGUGGAAAUCGGGGAUUCAUCGCCUUUAACGGACAAUACGGGAUCGACCUUAGCCAAGAACUUCAGACCGGUAUGCCAGCCGGGAAGUACUGUGACGUCAUUUCGGGCAGUAAUGUCAAUGGCAGGUGCACCGGUAAAACCGUCACCGUCAAACCCAACGGUAGAGCCUUUAUCGUAAUCCUCAAGAAUGAACAGAACGGCGUUGUCGCGAUACACACAAAGGUAAUCACUAUACAUGUUACCAGUUGA